UGUCGGGAGUGGUAGUUUCUCAGAGUAUAAGUCAGUCUCCUUGCAAUGGCUUCCUGCUAGUAACAUCUGCACCUGGAACAGAAAGAACUUGAUGACUACUGUAUGACAUGACUGCUACAAGAAUCACAGAGAGACAUCAUGAUCGCUAGUACUGGUUCCAGUGGCCUUUAUAAAGCUCCCUUGUCUAAAGGCCUUUUGCUCCUCCUAAGCGCUGUUUCCAUAAUAUUGGCACUCGUAUUUCAACAGCAACAAGUAUUUUUUGUAUAUAACUGGAAAGCAAUAAAAGAAGAUUUUCAUUUAUGGAGAUUGAUUUCUGGGAGAAUUGUUUGUCUGGAUCUGAAAGACACAUUUUGUACCAGUUUGCUUAUAUAUAAUUUUAGGACAUUGGAAAGAAGAUUUGGAAGUCGAAAAUUUACAUCAUUUUUACUGGGAGCCUGGAUAUUGUCAAUACUUUUUGAUUUCCUCCUUAUUGAAGCUUUACAGUGGACGUUCCAUAUAACCCUCAGCACAUUGCCUUCUGGAUUCUUGUCUCCUGUCUUUGCCCUUUUUGUGCCAUUUUACUGUUCAAUUCCCAGAGUGCAACUGGCACAUAUCCUUGGUUUAUUUCCCAUCACUAACAAAACGUUGGUAUACAUCGUGGGACUCCAGCUUUUGACUUCAAGUCCCUACAUGUUGGUUGUUGCACUUAGUGGACUGAUAUCGGGUUUUUGUUACAACUGGGAUGUGCUGAACAUUUGCAAGAUAUUGUUUAUUCCCAGCUGGCUUGCAGAUCUAUUUUCUCAUACACUUGAACCAUUAUUCUCAUCGGAGGAACCAGUGAAUGAAGCGCGUGUUGGGAUGGGUGCAACAGUAGACAUCCAGCGGCAACAGCGAAUUGAGUUACUUGAUCAACAAAUCAUGUUUUCCCAAAUCGCCCAACUAGGAAGAAGACCACAGCAACAGGGUGGAACAGCAAUUUGGAACAAUUUUUUUCAACCGUGGAGAAACAGGCGUCCUGGAAAUCAGGCAGAGCCACAAGCACCCCCUCCACCUUCUGAAGACCAGGUUGCACAGCUGAUGGAGAUGGGUUUCUCAAGAUCAGAUGUUUUAACCGCUUUAAGGGCUUCAAACAAUGAUAUAAACAGUGCUACAAAUUUUUUACUACAGCGAUGAUCUCUAUGGAAAACAUUAUUUUAUCUCCACAUAGCGUCCAAAGAUUAUUUGAUUCAUAAGGCACUCAGGUCUCGAAAGUGACUUUUUUUAUAAGUCCGUUUAUUUUUCACCUUACGUUGGUAUAAUAAACAAAAUCUAUUGUAAGGACAUGGAAA